CAACACCGGCUCAGCUGAAAUCCAGGAGUCGAUCUACGAAGACCCGGACGCUUUAUUGCCUGAUGACACACAUGAAGCCCAUCCAGAAUUUGAAUCCAAGCCCGUACCUCCCCCCAGGUUUAAAUUAUAUCAACAAACGCAGCAUAACAGCACCAGCAACAUCGCUGAGCCUUCGUAUGAUAAUGGAAGCAUAACCACUGCAGCAACCUCCGGUGGAUACCCUGCAGGCUAUAAAAGGCCUGCGCCUGUUCGUCCAGCUCCCUCGCCACCAAGUGCUCAGCGGCCCAUGAAGCCUCCAGAUAUACAUAUUAAACAGCCUCCUCCUCCUCCUCCUUGGCCUGCUCGUUUUCCAGGUUCCCCCAAGCACAGUGACAAACUACCUUGUUCAGCAAGUCAGAGAUACGAGAACACAUCAGCUUGUUCAGGACCAUCCAGCCCUUCCUCUGCCAUCUCCACAUAUCUAACUCCUGUCUCACCAGCUCAUUCUCAAGAAUCACCGAAUGUCACUGGGACCAACUAUGGCACACAGAUCAGUCCACCACCACUUCCACUGAACCCACCACCAUUGCAGUCAUCACGUAGAGGGUCAACGUACUCUGAGAUAGACAGUCAAUACCUGGAAAUCCUUCCAGAUAAUCAAGACGAGACGGACCUCAGUGGGCUGUUGAACUGGUUUAAGAGAAUGCUAUCAUACUCUGGUUCCAUACCUUUGUCUCUCUAUGGUGCCGGCAAGGAGGACAUGCGCUCAAUCAGUCAGAAAGCUAUGAAUGCCACAAAGGCUUGGCAUCUCUACAACCUUCUCAUGAUGAAACACAAAGAAGACCUGCAGAAAAUCAUCACAGAUUUCAGAUCCAUCUGUGAGCACCUGAACAAGACUAAGAAGAAACACAAAGCCAUCGGUAUUGCUGGAGGCACCACAAGUGCUGUGGGAGGGGGGGCUAUAGUGGUGGGGAUCGCCCUCGCUCCUGUGACAUUCGGUGCCUCAUUGGUUGUAUCGGCUGUUGGUGCUGGCAUGAUUGUAUCUGCUGGCGGUAUUGGAGCUCUUGCUGCUAUAGCCAGCAAGAAGACAGUGACUAGGGCAGCAGUUGAGAAACUAGUAAACGACUACAAGGAAGGUGUUACUGAUCUGGAACACUGUCUAGAUUUUAUCCUCUCCAUGGUGAUGGAGCUGCAAAGGCACGGCAUUGCUAGGUUAGAGAGUGCAGGCGCUCAUCCGGAUGCAGUGAGGAUGGCAUACAAGUUACACAAUGUAUUAAGCGGUAUGGACAUUUAUGCACGCUCAGGUGGGAUGACAUCUGUGAAACUGCUUCAAGCUUUUACCAAGGAAAUGGAUCUUUUUUUUACAGAGAAGAAUGGUCAGAAGCUGAAGAAGUCAAAUAAGAGCAUUUUUUCAGGUAAAGUUUCCCUGCUGGCUGAUGGUCUAAAGGAAGGACUUUAUCAUCUGACUGAAAUCUGGGAAAAGCUGUCCUAAACCAAAGAACACUAUCUGUAUGUGUGUGUGUGUGUGUGUGUGUGUGUGUGUGUGUGUGUGUGUGUGUGAUGGAGAUGUGUUGAUAUUUAACUGAUUAAUUUGGAAGGUAAUUCCUGUACACUUAUAGCUAAAAAAGCUAAUGACACUAGUGAAGUUCUGAUAACAAUUGUGAUAUGCACAGUUAAAUUA